AUGGCUGCCUUCCCUAUCCGUCAGAAAACUAGCUUCCAUGCUCGAUCCAACAGUCUACCCUCUAGACCACAUCCAAUCAUUUCGGAAUUUGAUGAGAAUAUUUGCAGAGUAAGAGAUUCACAGGACACCUCUAAAUCAUCUUCAUCAUCAUCAAUAGGACACAAACUAAGUAGCCUUCAGGAUUUGUAUGAUUCUGUUGAUAAUUUCCUACAACUGCCACUUACCCAACAAGGCUUGGCACAACAACGCAAUCAGAAAUGUGUCGAUGAGCUCCUAGAGGGAUCUCUCAGGCUCUUGGAUACGUGCAACUCUACCCAGGAUGCACUGUUGCAAUCAAAAGAAUUCAUUCGUGAGCUUCAAUCUGUUAUUCGCAGAAGACAAGGAGGCGUUGACAGCGAGAUCAGGAAAUACAUGGCAUCCAGGAAAGUACUAAAGAAGUCAAUAAAAAAGGCCUUGAGGAGCUUGAAGGGCAUGGAAAACAGGCGCACCUUCUCUAAUGAAGAGUACCCUGAGAUUAUCAUGUUAAGAGAGGUUGAGUCCAUCAGUCUUGCCGUGUUCGAAUCAUUACUCUCAUUCAUUUCCGAACCAAAGUCACAUGCAAAGAAAAGCGGCUGGUCAUUGGUUUCCAAGCUGAUGAAACACCACAGAAUAGCAUGUGAGGAAGAAGAAACAAAUGAGAUUGGAUUUGCAAUGGCUGAUUCUGCUUUACAAUCUCUUAUCAGCUGCAAAACAGAUAAGAUGAUGGAUGUGCAAAAGAAGCUAAACAAUUUGGAGUUGUGCAUUGAAGAUCUUAAAGAUGGAAUUGAUGGCAUCUUUAGGCGCAUGAUCAAAACUAGAGCCUCCUUUCUCAAUAUUUUCAGUUAG